AUGGAGGACAGAGACAACAUACAGCCCCAUGGAGGACAGAGACAACAUACAGCCCCAUGGAGGACAGAGACAACAUACAGCCCCAUGGAGGUCAGAGACAACAUACAGCCCCAUGGAGGGCAGAGACAACAUACAGCCCCAUGGAGGGCAGAGACAACAUACCGCCCCAUGGAGGGCAGAGACAACAUACAGCCCCAUGGAGGACAGAGACAACAUACAGCCCCAUGGAGGACAGAGACAACAUACAGCCCCAUGGAGGACAGAGACAACAUACAGCCCCAUGGAGGGCAGAGACUACUGAACGUCAUGUCUGAUCUACAUGGUGAUGGAGGACAGAGAAGGGCACACACAGCAGAUGUCAUCCAUAGUACAAUGUCAGAUGCACGAAUAUCGGUUCAGCAGUUGCGUCUGACUGUUCUCUAUGGAAUGAUACAAAUGACUGACCUGAUUUCAUCCCCGCUUACUGGAGACAGCAAUCCUUUCUCACUA